UAAUUUAUGUAUUAUAGUACAUGUAUGUCCAAUGGUUUGAAUCUAUUAGGAGUUAAUACAUUUGACAGCUAAUGUAAUAAAAUAACAUCAGUUGCGCAAGACGUAAUGAAUUAUUAAAACGGUUAUUGGCGCAAAUUGAUUUCGGCCCCUAUUAGAAAUAUUGCGUGGUCUAUAAACUUUACAAGUUCACUGUGAUAACUCUGCAAAACCAUAUGGGAAAUUCAAGUUCAACGAUUUUUCCAGAUAUCUUGGAAUUAAUACAUUUUCAUUCAUGAAGUGGACAUAUAGUCAGAGAUUACAUCGAUUCACUACUAGCUAUUUGCGAUGACGUUAUGACAUACAGUAGUUAGAAAUGCUGAUGGAAGAGAACAAAGGAAGGUUCAAUACGACAUUUAAAUUAAAUAAGAAACUUGUGUUUUGGUCAUUGAUUUUUGCUGUCCCGAUCCUUCAACUUACAACGACAAAAUUGUUCGGGUGUCAGAUUUUGUGUUUAGGAUCCCAAAGAGAGAUCUCAACGUUUACACCAACUGACUUCUUGUAUUAUAAAAGAUACAUGAAGUAUAAAAGCCUAGAUUUCGGAAAAUCUCUUGUUUAUUUGCCGAAAUCUACAGUGGAAAUAAUAUGCAAUAAAUCAGCUACGUUUACCACUGGUGAUAUUAUAACACUCAGAAUAAUCCUCCAUAAUAAAAAUGGUGACGUUAUAACUGACGGUGGAGAUUUUCUAAAAGUUUGGAUGUCUGAGAAAGGUAAAGGCGCAGGUUCAGCCGGGUAUGUAGUAGAUCAUGGUAAUGGUACGUACAUUGGAGUGAUAAAAGCAUUAUGGAGCGGAUCUCCGAAUAUCAAAAUUUCUAUGUCAUUUCAAAAAGAAUCUAUUGGACUAUUUGUAAACUAUCUAUACAAGAAUGGAAUGUUGAGGACUUUACACGGGGUUUUUAAGAAUGCACGUGGAGAGACUGCUACAGGUAUCUGCGGUAUUCACACAAUGACAAAACAAGGCAUCUGUGAUUUUACAUCUAUGAAUUAUGGAAUGAGAUGGUUUUGUUCAUUACCAGAUAAACCUGGGUUUACUUGUUCUGACUGGUAUGCCCCAAUUGGAGAUAUGACUGUACCUACAUUUACAAAAUCACAGAAGCAGUUCCUGAGUUCUACCAGAUAUAAAAUCAUAAAGGAAUUUAAAGUUGAUGUACUUGGUGAUAAAACCAUAGGUCAUCCAGAGCACUCGUGUAGUCUAAUAAAUCCUUCAGUCACAUGGAACAUUUCGUCCCCAGUUGGAUAUUUUUAUAAUAAAACGUGGCAUAAUCUCUUAUGUCACAAAAAAAAUGAACCAAGUUUUAACAGGUAUUUAGCCUGUCUACGAAACCGGGAGUUUUACAUGGUUGGAGAUUCUACAGUGCGAGAAUGGCUUUUAUCAAUUGCUGAUAUUUUAAAUCUUGAACUCUCAGUUAAAAGGACAUCAGAUGCUCUGAAAGGUUAUCAUCAACCAAUUAAAGCGUUUAGUAAAAAAAAGAGAGACAACAUUACUGUUACAUGGGCUGCGCAUGAGUUCCCAUUUUUCACCUAUUCACGAAAUGCGACAAUACAUCAUUUCAAACCUGCAAGCUAUCAUCUUAACGUAAUACGUUCUAAAAAUCCGAUCGUAGUGCUGCAUUUGUAUAUACAUAUAGGUUAUGCUCCAUUGUCAGUUUAUGAAGAACAUGUAAUGAACGCCAAAGACGCUAUAGUUAAAUUCUUGGAUCGUGUGCCUGGCGCAAAAAUAUUCAUUAAAGGUCCACAUUACUUCGAACAAUACAAUGAAGGUGUUCCGUAUGAUUUUGUGAGAUAUUUGCAGGAUAAAAUGAUAUUCAAAAUUUUUGACAAUAUCAAACAUAAAAUUGUGUAUCUAAACGAAUGGGAUAUCACAGUUUCUUCAGAAAAUAAAGAUAUGCAUCCACCUUACGAUUUAAGAAAAACAAUGAUACAUGAACUGCUGUCAUAUAUUUGUUAAUAUUUUCAACUAACAGACUAUCCUCCUAUAUGUUAUUAUAUAACUUAUUAUAAUAAAACAGUUUUAUUUUAUGUAUAUACGUCAAAUUUUUUAUAUUCUUUUACUGUGUAGGAUAAUGGCUGAUUUGACAGCAAUUAAAUACAGAAAGUGUCAUAAAUUCACUGCACUACUUAAUAAAAAGAAAAACAAGUUGCUUUCUUUAAAAACAGACAUGUAUUCGUGAACCCAAAUGCCUGUUUUAAACGAAAGGUCAG